AUGUUGCGUUUCAACUUUUUGCAAUUCUUCUUCGUGACGCUGCUCGUCCUGUCUGCUGUCUUUGCAGCUGACCAGAUCGAGGACGUUACUCCCCGUGAGUCUCUCCAGGAAGCGCUUGCCGACAUCAAGGCCGCCUCGUUCCACGAUGCUUUGCAUGCUCUCUCCGCCAAGUUUCGCCAUGGAAUUUUCCCGACUGACCUCCACGCCGCCGAGGCGCUUCAAGACGAAGAACCUGCCAUUGCUACUUUGAUCCGUCUUGCCAAGCGUCAGACCAAUGCCACUGCCAGUCCUGAGGCUACCACCUCUGUUGUUGUCGCCACCACCAGUCAGGCAGUCGAGCCCACCACUUCUGAGGCCAACCCCACCACUUCGGCUUCUACCACGGAGCCCACCACUAGUGUCGACAACACGACUAGUGCGGCAGCUACCACCGCUGUGCAGCCAACCACUUCGGCUAGCUCCAGCUCCAGCUCUAGCUCUAGCACUUCAACUCGCUCGACCUCCAACGACACCACCCUCACUACUGAGUCGACUACCAGUGCCUCUGUUCCUUCAACUACCCAGAGUGCUCAGACUACCCACUCGACUACUACCAGUGUUCCAUCUACUCUGACCACUGCGGCAAGCACUUCGUCCAGCUCAUCCAGCUCAUCCAGCUCGUCUAGCACCACCAGCCAAGACACUACCACCACUGCCGCCCACACGACUCAGAACACCAGCUCUUACACCUCCACUUACAAGAGCACCACUACCAUGCCCAAUGGCAGUGUGAGCACCAUCACCUCCAUCACCGUCAUUCACCCCACUGCAACUGGCUCUUCUGAGAGCAGUGGCAGCACCGCCCGCCCCGGUCUGCAGACCGGUGGUGCCUCGCUGACUGCCGGUCUGACUCGUGAGGUGAUCGCCAUCAUCGGUGGUGCCAUCAUGGUCGCCAUGGCACUGUAA